AUGACGAAGGAAAAAGGUGGUGGGUUUAUGAUCACUAAAUAUAAUUUACCCAAUUCAAAAAAUUCAUCAGGCACAACUUCCUUGAUUAGAAAUAAACUGAACUUUGAUGACGGUAUAAAAUGGAAUGAGUUUUGUAAAAUUAGAACAUGUUUGAUUAAAUCUUAUUUUAAGUCUAUCGAUUUGGUUCAUAUCAAUUUGACUCUCUCUGAAAAUAAAAUCAAAGUUAAACAGAUAGCAGAUUGUCUUAGAAUCGAAUUUAAUUUCUCUGUAGAUACUGGGCAUUAUUUCGAAAAGCUGGUUAUUUUGGCUAUACAGUCAAUGAGAAGGAAUUUAAUUAGAUCACAAAACAAUAACAGCAAUAGAUUAAAUAAAUUAGAUAAAUUAGAUAAAUUAGAUAAAUUGAACAAAUGCAAAGAGUUCUCGCCUUUGUCCAAUGGAAAAGAUGGUAUUCUAUCUAAUACUAACCUUCUUUCUUUAGUCAUUAACGAUAUAAUAAAUGAUGUAGUUCCACUAAAGGAUCAAAAGUCGCACCAAAUAGAUUCUAGCAUGAUUCAUGGUGGGUUGCCUGAUCUAAGUAUAUUUAUAAGUGAAGAUCCUUUAUCUCGCAAAACUAAGAAAAAUUCACAAAACCUUUUGGGUGAUAAAAAUUCAAAAGAUUCCCCUUUCAUCCCCUUUUUCUUAAAGGAGAAAAUAUUACGUAAUAUACAGAAAUCAAGAACUUGUUACCAACUGUCGAGGAUUGAUAGUGAUAGGAUAAACAUUAUUGAACAACAUCGCAAUUUGAUUAGACUGGGUCGUGACUCACUAACUUUGUCUAGUAGAUACGUCUUUGAAAGAUUUUAUUCUAAUUCAGAUUUGAAUCUAGUAGAUUUCGUAUUUGAACAAAUCAAUAAACCUAAGUUUUUAUCUCAGUUAUCAUUUGAAUUAUUCCAAUCUGCUAUUACAAUAAAACUCUCGUUGCAUGAUCAGGAAAUGUUACUGUCUUUAUUGAAUAUAACUUUGGGCUCAUUGAUUAAAGAUUUCGGAUUCGAUCCAAUCCUGUACGAUAUUAGUGAAAUCUUGUACCAUUUAGUUUUAAUCAAGUAUCCAAGAUUAUGUAAAAAUAAUAACUCUAAUGGCGUAGAAGAGCAUGAUUAUGAUAAUACAGUUUUGAGUGGUAGAUCUUCUAAAGCAAAUACCCCUGAUAUUGAUUCGGAUAUGGAGUCACAUCUAUCAAAGAAUAAAGACAUCAUUGUAUCCUCACUGUCGAUUAACCCACAGAUUGCAAAUAAAGAAGUGUACAAGAAAGUUCAAAUUAAAUAUCAGACAAAGGUUCAAGAUUUUAAUUUUCCAUUACUGAGUAAUGCUACACCCACAAUAAAGGAAAUUGUUAAUAAUUGUAAGCAAUUGUUUCAAAUUAAAAAAGAUUUAGAGUUAAAUAUUUAUUAUGAUGGUACAUUAAUAAAAAGUGAUAUUAAGUUGGCGAAUUUGUUUAAUGAUUUGAAUAUUAAAGUGUUGUAUCUUGAAUUGAGGUAG